AUGCUUGACAGGGAAUUAAAUGCUAAGAUAUCAGACUUUGGAUUAGCUGAGCUCAAAGAUGAUAAGAACACCCACAUUAGCGCUAGAGUUGCUGGAACUACUGGUUAUAUGGCUCAAGAAUAUGAGUUAUGGGGAUACCUAACUGAAAAGGCAGAUAUUUAUAGCUUUGAGGUGGUUGCUUUGGAGAUUGUCAGUGGCAAAAGCAACGCCAGUUACCGGGCACAAAAUGAAAAAGAACAAGUUGAAGGAUCUAAGGAAGACCAGUCAACUGAGAAUGGAGGCACCCAAACAGGAGAGCACAAAAACGCGUUUUUAGAUAUAUUUUCAGUCAAAAGUCAAAACCCCAAAUGUCUUAAAACAACAGCGACAACAACAACAACAAAAACUCUUCGGCAACUACAAAGUCCAAACUUGCCCCACCACCAUUACAACUCAACAUUAACUAAACUAAACUCAAAGCACUUUUGUUUUUGUUUUUUUAAUAAUAUCAUUACAUAUAUACUUGAAACUAUUCCUCUCCUUGAUGAACUAAUAAAACAAGAAUCUUUAGCUGCUGCUUCCUCUUCUUCUUCUAUGGAAGAUCAAAUUGUUACUACUCUCUGCAACUCAAUCCAAGCUCUGGGUCGUGGCUUUGAUGUUACAUGUGAUAUUAGGCUUCUUUACUGCAAGGGGACUCCUGGGUCCAGGCUUGUUUUCUUAGAUGAAGAUCAUGCGAGAGAUCUUUUUCUAUCUGAUUCUGUUGUGGUGCCACGUGUGUCUGUUGAUAUUGAUUAUUCUAGAGGCAAGAGGGGCAUUGAGAGACUUCCUGUUUGUAGUUUUCAUGAGAUGGCAGGAUACUUCAAUGAAAAAUCUGGGAUAUUAGGACACAUUCCGCUUGGAAGCUUUAAUGCCAUGUUCAAUUUCACCGGUUCUUGGCAAGUGGAUGCAGCAGCUACAAAAUCCCUUGCAAUGGUUGGAAAAUUCAUUCCCCUUUAUAAAGUUAAGUUAGCAAGGCUAAAUUUAGUUCUUUGUGAAGAAAUCAGGCGUGCUGUUCCUUAUUCUUGGGAUCCUUCUUCCUUGGCAAGCUUUAUUGAGAACUACGGUACCCAUAUUGUAACAUCUGUAACAAUUGGUGGAAGAGAUGUAGUUUAUAUCAGGCAGCACCAGUCAUCGCCUUUGUCAGUGAUGGAUAUUGAAGACUAUGUGAAAGAAAUUGGGGAUCAGAGGUUUCUGGACUCAAAUAGCCACUUAAAUGUUGGCCCCUUAAAAUACAAGGAUAAGGAUGUUACAGUCAUUUUUAGGAGGAGAGGAGGUGAUGAUCUGGAGCAGAGUCAUGCCAAAUGGGCUGAGACUGUACAAUUGGCACCUGAUGUGAUUAACAUGACAUUUACACCCAUCGUUUCUUUGCUUGAAGGAGUUCCUGGUAUAAAGCAUUUGGCCCGUGCAAUUGAUUUAUACUUGGAGUACAAACCACCAAUUGAGGAUUUACAGUAUUUCUUGGAUUUUCAAAUUGCUCGAUUUUGGGCUCCUGAACAUAGUAACAUUCAAAGGAAGGAGCCUGUGUGUCCUUCCCUCCAAUUCAGCUUAAUGGGUCCUAAGCUUUAUAUCAGCCCAGAUCAGGUAACAGUUGGCCGUAAGCCAGUUACAGGACUUAAACUUGGCCUAGAGGGCAGCAAGCAAAACAGACUUGAAAUCCAUUUGCAGCAUCUAGUGUCUCUUCCAAAAAUCCUUCAACCCCAUUGGGAUGCCCACGUGGCUAUAGGUGCACCAAAGUGGCAAGGUCCUGAGGAGCAAGACAGCCGCUGGUUUGAGCCCAUUAAGUGGAAGAAUUUCUCCCAUGUAAGCACUGCACCAAUAGAGUUUACCGAGACUUGCAUUGGAGACCUCUCUGGUGUUCACAUUGUCACAGGGGCUCAGCUUGGUGUUUGGGAUUUUGGUGCCAAAAAUGUAUUAUACCUCAAGCUCCUCUUCUGCAAAGUACCCGGAUGUACAAUAAGGCGUUCUGUAUGGGAUCACAGCCCCUCCAUCCCUCCGAAUGUGCAGAAGCCUGGUAGCGCCUCUUCAUCAAUUUCAAAUGAAAGAACCUCUGAUGAUAAGAAGGAAGAUAGUUCAGCCCACCUUGGUAAACUGGCGAAAAUUGUGGACUUGACUGAAAUGUCAAAGGGACCCCAAGAUUUACCAGGUCAUUGGCUGGUUACAGGAGCGAAGCUUGGAGUGGACAAGGGAAAGAUUGUGCUGCGUGUAAAGUACUCCUUACUGAAUUAUUGAUUGAUUAUUUCUAUUUUUGUAGGGUUACCCACCUCUUUCCACCUUCAACCAUAGUCACAAUUCUUUGCACAGGCGAUCCAGUUCUUUCUGUACAUUAUGUUCUUUGUUAUCCCCUGGCCCCUUAGUUGAUAGUUACAUCAUUGAUUGUCUAAAGGUGUUGUCCUCUGGAUUUUUUUAUUUUAGGUUUGUCUAGUGGAUGAAUAUUUUUAAGCAUGUUAAAUUUAUAGAUAAUUCUUUUCCCAGGUGAAGAUUACAACUGAGGUUAUCUUCCAAUUGAUGAGCUUGUAUUGUCUGUGGAGAUAUUUUUGUUGAGAUUUGUUUCCAGAUUCUUUACUUGUAUCAUUCUUUCAGUACGAAAUUUAUGUUAUGAGAUGA